CCCCGACGGAGGAGUUGGCGGGCGCGGGGCGCGCUCUGAGGCCGGGGGAUGCGCUGCCGCCUCGACCAUGGGCGCCGCCGCCUCCAGGAGGAGGGCGCUGAGGAGCGAGGCCAUGUCCUCCGUGGCGGCCAAAGUGCGGCUGAUGGGGAGUGGACAGAAAGCAGACGGGAGCGAUACCCUACAGGUCUUCUCGGGGUGCCCAAGGACUCAAGGGCUUCCUGCAGUGGGACAGGGGUGUCUGAGGGGCCAGACACCUCUCCUUGGCCACACACACACAGAGCAGCCCGUGCGUUUGGAGAAUACCUGUCCCAGAGUCACCCUGAGAACAGCAACGGCGCAGACCACCUGCUGGCCGACGCCUACUCUGGCCACGACGGGUCACCCGAGAUGGAGCCAGCCCCCCAGAACAAGCGUCGCCUCUCCCUCGUUUCCAACGGCCGCUACGAGGGCAGCCUGUCUGAGGAGAUGGGCGGCGAGAAGCCGGCAGGUGAGGGCCCCGAGCCCUGUGUGUACACGAUCUCAGGCGAGCCAGCCCUGCUGCCUGGCCCCGAGGCUGAAGCCAUCGAGCUGGUGGUGGUGAAGGGGCGGCGGCAAGGUGGGCAGCACCACCACCACAGCCACCCCCUGCGUGGCAGCCCCGGCGGCAGCCGCGACGACCUCAGCAGGUCCUGCCAGAGUUGGGCGAGCAGCCGCCAGGGCUCCAAGGAGUGUCCCGGCUGUACCCCGCCGGCCCCCAGCCCCCCACCACGGGCCUUUGGGCUGGACCCACCGCCCUUGCCUGAGCCUGCCAGCCGCCGCAAGAAGCUGGAGGGGAUGUGCAGCGUUGACCGCGUGUCCGAUGACAUCCCCAUCCGCACCUGGUUCCCCAAGGAGAACCUCUUCAGCUUCCAAACAGCGACCACAACUAUGCAAGCGGUGUUCAGGGGCUACGCAGAGAGGAAGCGGCGGAAGCGAGAGAACGAGUCCGCGUCUGUGAUCCAGAGGAACUUCCGCAAACACCUGCGCAUGGUCGGCAGCCGGCGGGUGAAGGCCCAGACGUUCGCUGAGCGGCGCGAGCGAAGCUUCAGCCGGUCCUGGAGCGACCCCACCCCCAUGAAAGCCGACACUUCCCACGACUCCCGAGACAGUAAUGACCUGCAGGGCUCCUGCUGCACCUUGGACGAGGCCUUCGAGGGCCUGGACUGGGAGGCUGAGAAGAGCCUGGAGGCUGUAGCCUGCGACUCAGAGGAUUUUGUACCUCCCAAGGUUAUGCUCAUCUCCUCCAAGGUACCCAAAGCUGAGUACAUCCCCACCAUCAUCCGCAGGGAUGACCCUUCCAUCAUCCCCAUCCUCUAUGACCAUGAGCACGCAACCUUUGAGGAUAUCCUGGAGGAGAUUGAGAAGAAGCUGAACGUCUACCACAAGGGAGCUCGUAUCUGGAAAAUGCUCAUCUUCUGCCAGGGAGGCCCUGGACACCUCUAUUUGCUCAAGAACAAGGUGGCCACAUUUGCCAAAGUGGAGAAGGAAGACGACAUGAUCCACUUCUGGAAGCGUCUGAGCCACCUGAUGAGCAAAGUGAACCCGGAGCCUAACGUCAUUCACAUCAUGGGCUGUUACAUCCUGGGGAACCCCAAUGGGGAGAAGCUAUUUCAGAGCCUCAGGACCCUCAUGACCCCAUACAGGGUCACCUUUGAGUCCCCCCUGGAGCUGUCAGCCCAAGGGAAGCAGAUGAUUGAGACGUACUUCGACUUUCGGCUGUACCGCCUCUGGAAGAGCAGGCAGCACUCGAAACUGCUGGACUUUGACGAUGUCCUGUGAGCGCUGGCCGGUCGCUCGGGACCAGGGCACCUGGGGCCAGGCCACGCGGCCAUGCGGCCACCGGGCCUCGGUCCCGGCCCGGCAUGGAGCCACCUCAGGGCUGACGCUUGCUCAGGUUCUCCGCAGUUGUCCACUGCACUGGCACGGGGCCAGCCGGGGGCACCCAGCCCUGCCUGCAGCCAGUGCCCAGGAGCUGUCCUCCUCGGGCCGUAGAAAUAAGUGCAAUUUUUUACACCCCUGAAACAAAUCAGAGUGCAGUGGCAUUGCUAGUUAACUAGUUAGGCACUGUGCUACUAGUUACUGCGUAGAUGGCGGCCCCGUGGCCGGUGUGUUCAGGACUUUCCCCGGCCCGGCCGUCUUCAUCACCAGCAUAGGUGAGCCUGGCCGUGUGGCCGGGUGCCCCGCCUGGCCGUCCACCCCAUGAGGCCCCUCCAGGCCCCAUCGUCUGCUUGGACCCCUCCCUGCUGCUUUCUCUGACCUCAGCAGUCCAGUGGGCAGCCCAGGCAGCAGCAGGGAGAAGUCCCUCUUUCCCCAGGAGACACUGGGCUGAGUUGCCCAGCACUCCACACUCACUGCUGUGGGAUUUAGCUUCUGCCACCGCAUUCUGGAGCUGUCCCAGCCUGGCUGAGUGAGCAGGGCUGGGUCCUGGUGGCGGGCGAGGAUGUCCGUGCUCUGCCGAGGGCCCAGUGCCCCUAGUCCGUGGUGGCACAGGGCUGGAGCUUUCCAGGGCCCAGCAAGGAUGGCCCUUCUGUACAUAGCUGGAACUUGGGGGCAGGCCCCCCUUUUUGAGAGCUGAGCUCAAAGGCAGAGGGAGGGGCUGGGGCAUGGGUGCGCUCAGAACAGUGUACGAUAUCCCUUAGAGUGACAUUAAACCCAAUUCUCUGCUG